AGGAGUGAGCUUGAGCAACACGACGUUACGGAAGGAGCCACACUUUUCCCUGAGACUCUGGAAGAAGAGCACUUGUCGUCGGCCUUUGACUCGCUCUGACAAGCAGCCAUGGGUUCCUGGUUGGGGAGCACCGUCACUAACUUCUUCACCUACGAGACCACCAAGUCUGUGGUGGUCAAAAGCUGGUCUGUGGGCAUCAUCAACCGGAUCGUACAGCUGCUCAUCAUCACAUAUUUUGUCGGCUGGGUCUUCAUCGUCGAGAAGGCUUAUCAGUCCAUUGACACCGGCAUCGAGUCCUCCGUGAUGACCAAAGUGAAAGGUUUUGGUUACCAUCAAGACCGUAUAAUGGAUGUGGCCGACUACGUCUAUCCCCCACAGGGCGCAGGGGUGUUCUGCAUCAUGACCAAACUCAUCAUCACUGAAAAUCAGUUCCAGGGAAAAUGUGAGGAGACUGGCAAUUUUCGAUGUAAUUCGAGUAAAGACUGCGACAAGCACUUUGGGUCCAUCCUUUCCAAUGGAGUGAUAACAGGUACUUGCCUCAAAUCUGACAACAACAAGGAGGGUCGGUGCGAGAUUGAAGCAUGGUGUCCAGCUGAGAACGACAGUGUCACCAUAGACCGGAUCCUCGAUGUGAGGAACUUCACCAUUUUCAUCAAAAACAGUAUUCGCUUUCCCCUCUUCAAUGUCACCAGAGGGAACUUUCCCAGCACAAUGACGUCCUCAGAGAUUAAGCGCUGCAAGUACCAUCCAGAGAAAAACCCCUACUGUCCCAUCUUUCGGGUCGGGGACGUGCUGAAAUACACAGACCAGACUCCGGAGAGCCUGACACAAAAUGGUGGGGAAAUAGGAAUAAACAUUCAAUGGCAGUGUAACCUGGACCUGGACAUCGAAUUGUGUGUGCCCAAGUACUCAUUCACACGCCUUGACGCACCAUUUGCCAAGAACCGCAUCUCCAAAGGAUACAACUUCAGAUUUGCCAAAUAUUUCAUGACAGAGAAUGGGACUGAGUUUCGGACACUUCACAAAGCAUACGCAAUCCGCUUUGAUGUCAUGGUCACGGGCAAGGCAGGAAAGUUUGACACAAUCCCAACACUGAUCAACUUGGUUGCUGCCUUCACCUCUAUUGGACUGGGUACGGUUCUCUGUGAUAUUAUCUUGCUGAACUGCCUGAAAGGGGCGGAGCAGUACAAAGCCAAGAAAUUUGAAGAGGUCUCAGACGCUCAGAUCGAAGCAUCCAUUGCUCAGAGCCCCGGCAGCCAGCUGUCACUCAAACCAGGCCUCAAGAGCUCCUACGACUCCGGAGCCGUUUCCCUCGCGGCCUCCGACCAACCCAUGUGAGUGACGAGAAUGACGAAAGCCAUCUGAAGAAAAAGACAUUCCUCUUUUUUCCUCUGUUUCUCUUUAACAAACAGAAUUACAAAUCGAGACAGAAUCAUUAUGCUUUUUAUUCUGGAUGUCGGGAUCCUGCCAAGAUUUAGUUUGGCAAGUUUAUGGAACUGGGCA